CCCCGUCAGUGGGCGGCGUCACAGAAAAGUCCACGCGAGUAACGGAGAAACUUCACGAAUGUAAAUAUUAAGCGUACAAGGAGGAUACGUCCUCGCGCAUUCUCUCUGUUUUCUUCUUUAGAUUAAUGCGAACAUGCCACGCAGAAAGCCUUUUAGUAUCAAACAGAAAAAGAAGCAGCUCCAGGUGAAACGCGAGAAAAAGAGAGGAGAAAACGGUUCAAGUCACAGUAGCCGAAAUGCCAGUGUGGAGCGAGGACCUGGCAGAGACAGAAAGUCAGAUACAUCAGACAGUGAGACGACAGACAUCAGGAGGAUCAACCAUCAGCCUGGCACCAGAGAGAGCAGAUAUGACCCUAACAGAUUCCGUCUGCACUUUGAGAAGGAGAGUAAGGAGGAAGUGGAGAAGAGGAAGAAAAUAGCGAGGGAGAAAAUCCUGAAGCCAGUGGCAGAAAAGGAACUAGAGAUUGAUAUGUCCCAGAUCUACCCAGAAGAGAAAGGCCUGGAUUUCCCAAGGCGGCCCUCAUGGCAUUACAACAUGCAGCGAGAGGACUUGCUGCGGAAAGAGGAGAAGUCAUUUCUGGAGUAUCUGGAGGCUCUUCACUCCAAAAACCCACCCGGUACCCUCAGCCACUUUGAACACAAUCUCGAGACGUGGAGGCAGCUGUGGAGAGUAAUGGAGAUGUCUGAUGUCAUUCUACUCAUAGUGGAUAUCAGACACACAGUGCUGCAGUUUCCUCCUGCUCUGUAUCACUACAUCACUGGUGAGUUAAAGAAGUACAUCAUCCUGGUGCUCAAUAAGGUGGACUUGUGUCCCGCCCCGCUGGUUUUGGCAUGGAAACACUACCUGACUAAACAGUUCCCACGCCUGCACUGUGUCUGCUUCACCUCCCACCCAGGACAAGCCUACAGCACACUUCUACAGAAGAAGAGGAUGACGAAGAAAGCAGGAUGGAAUCAGGCUGGAGGACCGUUUCACAUCAUGAGAGCGUGUCAGGAGAUCACAGCAGGAAGAGUGGAUUUGAGUAGCUGGGAGAAGAAGAUCCAGAGGGAUGCUGUUGCUGUGGGAACGGAGGGUGAUCAAGCUGAUGAUGGAUCGGAAUCUGUGUUGAUGGAGCAUCAUAGUGACGUUGCCAUGGAAAUGAACAGCCCCACGCAAGAACUUUAUAAAGAUGGAGUGCUAACAUUGGGCUGCAUAGGUUUUCCUAAUGUAGGCAAAUCUUCAGUGCUGAACAGUCUUGUCGGCAGGAAGGUCGUGAGUGUGUCUCGAACCCCAGGUCACACUAAAUAUUUCCAAACAUACUACCUCACUCCCACUGUUAAACUGUGUGACUGUCCUGGGCUUGUCUUCCCUUCCCAAGUGGACAAGCAACUACAGAUCUUGGCUGGUAUAUAUCCAGUGUCCCAGCUCCAGGAGCCUUACAGUUCAGUAGGAUACUUGUGUGAACGGAUCGACUUCCUGCCUGUGUUAAAGCUGACACAUCCUGACAACAGCCCAGAAACCCCAAAAGACCCCAAAACACAGGACUGGACGGCAUGGGACGUGUGUGAAGCCUGGGCCGAGAGGAGAGGGUAUAAAACAGCUAAGGCAGCCCGUAACGAUGUCUAUCGAGCAGCCAACAGUCUCCUGCGUUUAGCCAUCGAUGGACGGCUGUGCCUAUGUCUGCGACCACCUGGAUACAGUAAAGAUGAAUGGGAAUCACACCCAGACCUGGCCGAGAUCAUUGCUCUUCAAGGUAGUAAGGAAGAAGAGGAUGAGUGUGGUGACAGGGAAGACGACGAGGGCGAAUCCAGUUCUGAGCUGGAGGAGGACAAUGAUCGGGAUGCCGACGAUGAUGAGGAUGCUGAUGGUGAUGAUGAAGAUGAUACCGUGAAGGCUGACAGGAAGGGCCUAACUCUCAACAUGUUCACUGUGCUGGGAGAGAACAAGUGUGAGUGAGGGAUAUGAUCCUUAUACA